AUGGAAGACUUUCUAAACAAACCUCUCCUCCAAGAAUUUUCACCGCACACUCUUUACUCUGGCGAAGCAAUCCUUUGCAAGGAAUCCAUGAAACUCAUAGUUAAGCCUGACUCUUUUUUAGUUAUCUCAUUAGCCACUUCAACUGCAAUUUACCAAAUGAAGUGGCAAGACAUCUUGGGAGCGAUCCCACAAAGCACAAAACCUAAAAAAGGAUUUACUUUAAUCGCUUUUCACAAAAAAUCGAAUACAAGAAUCCUCGAGCGAUUUUUAUUUUUAACGAAUGACUCUGAUUAUUGGGUCCUUAUUAUUCAAAGUAUGUGCUAUUUUCAAAAACUACCUGACGAGUAUGAAUAUGAUGUAUAUAGAAGAAGGUUUAAGGUAUUUUUAUCACAAACUAGCAAAGCCUUACAAAUAUGACGACAGGUAGCACCAAUUUUUAUUGCUUGUGAAUUGGCAAUUUCUAGGAUCCAGGCUCAUUCUCAAGCUGUUGAAACCACAAAAACGCUGGAUUUAUCACUUUAUGACGGGAUUUUGGUAGUCGGCUGUGACAACUUGUUCCAUGAAGUCAUAAAUGCCCUUUAUAAACGAAGUGAUGGCGAACAAGCACGACUUUGCCCAGUUUUUCCAAUUUCAGUAGGAUAUAAUGAAGAAAUUGCCAAAAUAUUGUGUAAAAAAUCAAAUGAGCCUUUUUCUCCAGAAAACUGUGCAUUCAUAGCAGCUAAAGGCACCCCUCUCCCUAUCGACAUAACAGAAAUUAAGCCAAUUUCCAGCGACGAAAUAAUUUACAGCAUUUAUUCCUUUUCCUGAGCAUUUACCGCUGACGUCGAAAUUACCAGCGAAACGUAACCUUUACAUAGGUGCCGAGUUUUCCGAAAAACCCUGAAUUCAGCUUGAAGGCUUAUUUCUCUAAAAAAAUACAAUGCCAGCUUAAAAUGAACUGACGAGGACGGUGAACAUGAGCAUAACGACCGUUUUAUUUAUUUUUUAGCUUUAAACAUGUCAGCAGACUGCAAUGGUGAUGACGGGAAAAAUGAUAUUUUAGUCAACAGCGGCGAUAUAGGAAGAAAAGGACUUGUCCAUGUCUUGUAUAAGCAAAGAAAAGGCCCAAAGCUUGGUAUUGACCAGCUUAAGCAUAUAAGUGCGUCAAAAUGGUCAUUAAGGCCCAACAGUAAACGAGGCAUUUUUUCUGUAGACUCCCAAAGCUACCCUGUAGAAAACAUAGAUGCAGAGGUCUUAAAACAAUAUGGCACAGUUUUUGCUUUGACAAGUUUAUUAUAA